AGCUCAUCGUUUUUAGCUCACAACUCAGCUCACAAGCAUGUCUGAUUGUUUCUAGUGUCCCUUCCCUACCAUUCAAAGUUUGACUUCGAUUGUUCUUGGUUCAUCGUUGUUCUUCUUGAAAUUGAAAUGGUUCUUCAAAACUGAGCUACUGAUCACUUCAUCAUUUGCGCUUUGCUCUGCCCAGAACACAUCACAAUGUCUAAUCGCACUUCUCAACGACAUUUCACUUCUUUGCUUACCACAAUAUUAGUAUUGCUACUAUUACCAGUCGCCUUGUCAAGUUCAAGAACUGAAACAAUAGAGACUUUACUCAACCGGUUGGAUUCUAAACAGGCAUCCGCAUCAGUUCAAGAAUCAGCAGCUAAAGGUGUUUUGAAAAGAUUGCUUCCUUCCCAUGUGCACAGCUUUAAAUUCAAGAUUAUCUCCAAGGAUGUUUGUGGCGGAAAAAGUUGCUUUUUGAUAAACAAUUACAAGGAAUCAAACCAGAAUGGGCCUGAGAUAAUUAUCAAAGGCACCACUGGUGUAGACCUGGCAUCGGGCCUCCACUGGUAUAUAAAGUAUUGGUGUGGAGCUCAUCUUUCAUGGGACAAGACUGGUGGUGCCCAGAUAGGUUCAAUUCCUAAGCAAGGAUCACUGCCUCUUAUAAAGGAUGGGGGUGUAAUGAUUCAACGGCCUGUCCCAUGGAACUACUACCAAAAUGUUGUUACAUCUAGUUAUUCAUAUGUUUGGUGGGAUUGGGAAAGAUGGGAGAAAGAGAUAGAUUGGAUGGCUUUUCAAGGGAUUAAUCUGCCCUUGGCAUUCACAGGACAAGAAGCCAUUUGGCAAAAGGUUUUCAUGAAUUUUAAUGUUAGUGCAGAAGAUCUGAAGGACUUCUUCGGUGGACCUGCUUUCCUGGCGUGGGCUCGGAUGGGGAAUUUACAUGCGUGGGGUGGGCCGUUGUCACAAAAUUGGUUGAAUCAACAAUUGAGAUUGCAGAAACAGAUUGUCUCUCGGAUGCUAGAGCUAGGCAUGACUCCAGUGUUACCAUCUUUCUCUGGGAAUGUUCCAGCAGCUUUGAAGAAAAUUUUUCCCUCAGCUAAUAUAACCAGACUUGGAGACUGGAAUACAGUAAAUAAAAAUCCUCGCUGGUGCUGUACUUACCUUCUUGCUCCUUCUGAUCCUCUGUUUGUUGAAAUUGGGGAGGCAUUUAUAAGGCAACAAAUUAAAGAAUAUGGGGAUGUGACAGACAUCUACAACUGUGAUACAUUCAAUGAAAAUACCCCACCUACAAAUGAUUCAGCAUACAUCUCUUCACUCGGUGCUGCUGUAUAUAAAGCAAUGUCCAAAGGUGAUGAAGAUGCUGUGUGGUUAAUGCAAGGUUGGCUAUUCUACUCAGAUUCUUCCUUCUGGAAGCCACCUCAAAUGAAGGCACUUCUGCACUCUGUUCCAUUUGGGAAAAUGGUAGUUCUAGAUUUGUUUGCUGAUGUCAAACCAAUAUGGAGCAACUCCUCUCAAUUUUAUGGCACUCCUUAUGUCUGGUGUAUGUUGCACAAUUUUGGCGGAAAUAUUGAAAUGUAUGGAAUUUUGGAUGCAAUAUCUUCAGGUCCAGUUGAUGCCCGUGUUAGUGAAAAUUCAACCAUGGUUGGUGUUGGAAUGUGCAUGGAGGGAAUAGAGCAUAACCCGGUUGUUUAUGAGCUGAUGUCUGAAAUGGCAUUUAGAAGUGAAAAAGUUCAAGUUCUGGAAUGGCUGAAGUCCUACUCUCGUAGACGAUAUGGUAAAGCAGUUCAUCAUGUUGAGGCAGCUUGGAAGAUCCUUCACCGCACAAUCUACAAUUGUACAGAUGGAAUUGCUGACCAUAACACAGAUUUCAUAGUAAAAUUUCCGGACUGGGAUCCAUCUGCAAAUUCUGGAUCUGAGGUAUCAAAAGAAGUCGAGAUACAUUCCUUUCUCCCCAUACCUGGAACCAGAAGAUUCUUAUUUCAAGAGCCAAAUUCCAAGUUGCCCCGGGCACACUUAUGGUAUGCUACUCAGGAGGUGGUCAAUGCAUUACAGCUAUUCCUCGAUGCUGGAAAUGAUCUCCUGGGAAGCCUCACAUACAGAUAUGACUUGGUGGACUUAACGCGGCAAGUUCUAUCAAAGCUUGCAAACCAAGCAUACAUUGAUUCCAUAAUUGCUUUUCAGAGGAAAGAUGCAAAUGCCUUGAAUCUCCACAGCCGGAAAUUUAUACAACUCAUUAAGGAUAUCGAUUUACUUCUUGCUUCUGAUGAUAAUUUUCUACUCGGAACAUGGCUCAAAAGCGCAAAAGAGCUGGCAGUGAAUCCUAGUGAGAUGAGACAGUAUGAAUGGAAUGCAAGAACACAAGUGACAAUGUGGUAUGAUACGACAAAAACCAAUCAAAGCAAGCUCCAUGAUUAUGCUAACAAGUUCUGGAGUGGGCUAUUGAAAGACUAUUAUCUGCCGCGAGCUUCGAUAUAUUUCGAUCAUUUGUUAAAAAGCUUGAAAGGUAAUAAAAAGUUCAAGAUUGAAGAAUGGAGGAAAGAAUGGAUAGAAUUUUCAAACAAAUGGCAAGCAGACACAAAGCUUUAUCCAAUGAAGGCCAAAGGAGAUGCUCUUGCUAUUUCUAAAGUAUUGUAUGAAAAAUAUUUUGGUUAACAAUUUGAAAUGUUCCAUUUAUUAAAAAGAGUACUCCAUUGGGUUCCUCAUAGAAACCAAGAUGAAUGGGUGAUUGUAAUCCAACGGCCUACAAAUUUUAUGGCUUUACAAAUAAAUUGUUGUUCAGUUUUUUCUCA